CAAAAAUUAAAUAGAAUUUUAAUAUAAAUUAGUUAAAAUAAAUUGAAAUAUUAAUUCAAACAUGUCGAAACAAUUACUAGCUUUAGUGGCACUGUUGGCCUGUUGCAAUACAGUAUUUGGUUUAUAUUUCCAUAUUGCCGAAACAGAACGCAAAUGUUUCAUAGAGGAGGUACCCGAUGAGACUACAGUAAUUGUGAACUACAAAGUGGAAUUAUAUGAUCCCCGUUCAAAUGGCUUUAUGCCCUCAUCACCCGGCAUUGGCAUGCAUGUUGAGGUACGUGACAGCGAUGACAAAAUUAUACUCUCUCGUGUCUAUAGUUCAGAGGGCCGUAUCUCAUUCACCUCCCAUACACCGGGUGAACAUGUCAUCUGUAUGUACUCGAACAGUACUUCCUGGUUUAGUGGUGCUCAAUUGCGUGUCCAUUUGGAUAUACAAGUUGGCGAACAUGCCAUUGAUUAUGCCAGUGUGGCCCAAAAGGAAAAGUUGACUGAAUUACAAUUGCGCAUACGUCAGUUGUUGGAUCAAGUCGAUCAAAUAACCAAGGAGCAAAACUAUCAACGUUAUCGUGAAGAACGUUUCCGUCAAACUAGCGAAAGCACUAACUCCCGUGUACUCUGGUGGUCUGUGUCCCAAACUGUUGUCUUGGUGUGUAUGGGCUUUUGGCAAAUGAGACAUUUGAAGAGUUUCUUUGAGGCCAAGAAGUUGGUGUAAAUUUUGUGUCGCCAAUGCAUCACACACACGCAGUCUUCUAGGGAUUUAGUAUCAAUUUGGUGAUUUCCGUAACGUACGAAACUGACAUUUGUUUAUAUUUUUAUUUUUUUUAUAAUCAUAGUCCUCUUAUCAUUAAUUUAAAUUCGAUUUGUGCAGAAAUUCAUUAAUUUGAAAAUUGCCUCAUUUAAUGCCUGUUCAUAAUGUUUAUGUUUAAUUACACUAAGCACAUUCACUAAAUAGUUUCGAUAUUAAAAAGCAAUACAUAUUGUGGAAAUCUAAUAAAAUUUGUUUAAAUUGUUCAAUUUGAUAUGCGGAAGAAACGAAUUAUUUUCUUUAAUUUAGUUUAAUAUAAAAUUCAUUUUUUAAAUAAAAACAAAAAACAAAAUUAAAGGAAUAA